AUGGACGAGGCAAAGAAAAGCACCAAAGGUCAUGGAUCUACACCUAGCAGGAGACGGGCAAUCUGUAGUAACUGCCGGCGACGCAAGAGCAAAUGUGACAGUCGGCAACCUCAGUGUUCAACCUGUAUAGCCCACAAUAGCCAUUGUCAUUAUGAUAAACCUCCCUCUUUAGCAUAUGUGAGGUCGCUUGAGUCCAAGAUUGAAAAGUUAUUGCAGGAGAGAAGUGCAAGCAGCACAGGAAGGAGCUGGCAAACAAAUGAAGAUGGCGAGGAUACCCCGAGAAAAUCUGACAGCAUGACUGUCGUAUCCCCUCACGAAGGCCAUUCAUUGGAGGACAUCAGCGACUUGAGUAGCCCAUCGUAUCAGAACCUCGAAGCAAGCCAUGAGCGGAAGAGAGACUGCGACCGCUGGGUAUCGGAAAUAUCUGUUGACAAGCAUGGGAGCGUCUGCUAUCAUAACCCUACAUCUUUAUUCCACGAGGCUCCAUUGAAUCAGUCCCACACUGCAUUGAAUACUGGCCGUUCGAAUUCAGAGUGCAACCCGUCGCACGAAAUACAGCUUGCCGGUCAAGAAAGCAGCGUUCAGCAGAACGAUAAAAUCAAGCUCUCCCUGGUCUCGAAUGCAGCAGCUCAGAGACGGUUUGAAGCCAUGGCUGUCGAGAAGAUGGCUGCUGUUCAAAAUGAGGUCUCCAGCGAAGUAGCAAGUGAGCUGUUGAAGUUCCACUGGUGUUGGAUACAUCCAAUGUUUCAAUUCGUGUAUCGUCCAGCAUUCACAAGAGGCAUGGCACUCAGCUCCCCAAACCAGCCCGAAACUUCGUACUUCUCGGAGACUUUAUUGAAAGUAUUACUUGCACAUUGCGCACGCUUUCGAGUUCAAGAUCGCCCCGAUCAAGACUCGGCAAGUACCGUAAUGGGUGCGCUCUCCCAUCAAGCACACUUGUCACUCGCGAUGAAAAUUGCUAGCCCAAGCUCGAUCCCUACCAUCCAGGCGCUUCUACAACAAUCAGCUCGAGAGGUGGCAUUCGGAAACUCAUCUCAAGCCUGGCUUUAUUCUGGCAUGGCAUUCAGGAUUGCCAUAGACCUUGGGAUCCAUCUUCCUCCAGAGCGGUUGCGAGGCUACGUUAAGAACCUGGCAGCUGAAGACAUCGAAAUACGGAAGAGAUUGUUUUGGGGCUGCUACACGUGGGACAAAGCUAUCAGUCUCUACCUUGGCCGUAUGCCGGCGUUCACACCCGCAGUGGAGUCGAAUGAUCCUGUUUUCAUGGACGACUUUACGGAAAAUGACCCGUGGCAGCCAUAUUAUGGAUCCGAAGACCUCCAGACGAGACCUUUCUAUUCUCCGCAGAAAGGUUACAUGAUAUCAUGUUUCACCGCCCUAUGUAAACUUUCCAUGAUCCUGAGCACUAUCAUGCUUGAGAUAUAUGGUUCUUCUCAAGAACCCCGGCCUGACGGAGAUCAACAAUCAUCGCAAAGCACGAAGAACUUGGCGUUUAUCAGAAUCUCCUCAUCAAUCCAAAAAUGGUGGAUAGAUUUACCAGAACACCUCCGCCUCAACAUCAAGAACCUCCCGGACUCCAGCCCACCUCUUCAUAUCGUGUCUUUGAAUCUCCUCUAUCAUACGACAUCCGUUCUGCUUCACCGACCCUUCAUCAUAGGCGCGACAGAGUUCGAAAGUCCAGCAAUCUCCCGUUCAUAUCAAAUCUGCAUCGCAUCAUGCGCGUCUAUCCACGAUCUUCUGGAACUUCUCACAAACACAUUUGGCUACGUUCACACCACAUACCUCAAUUGCUACAGCACAUACAUUGCAGCAACUAUUGCUGUGUUGCAUUUCCAGCUGCAAGAAGAAUCGGUUUCCGUUCCAACGUCGGAAGUGCCAAGUGAAAAGCUCGGCCUGAAGUUCUUUCUCGGCGUCUUGCAAAAGUCUGCCACGACCAUGCCUGGUCUAGUCAGGAGCGUUGAGAUUGUCAAGCGGCAUAUGCAAACCAUCUUCGAUCGUCGCGCAAAGCGAUACUUGGAAUCCCUGUUUCCCGAUCCAUUAGAUGGCUUCGUGAGAAACGGAAUUCCCGAGCCGACACAGCCGCCUUCCUCGCUUCAACAAUCUAACCAGUACCUACCAUUGCAAACAGGCGCGGGGGCAUCAAAUGGUUCUCAGAUAGCUGGCAAUUACCAACAACCAUAUUCAGGCUUCAAUCUCGAAGGUCUCCCUGCCUUUCCCGGGCAGAAUUUCAACGUCGGUGCUGACUACCCGCUUGAGCAAGAGAUCAUGGAUCCAGGAUUUACGGCGGGGUUCUUGGGAUUGGAUUCUCAUAUCACGCUGCAUCAUGAGAACUCUGAUUGGGCCUAUAGCGGGUUCCUAUUGGGUGACGAUAUGCGAUGA